AUGUUGUUUCGAGAAUGUCCGGACGACUCGACUUUCGGGCCAACCGUUCAUGGUUGCCGAGAUGAUUUUGACUUCACUCUCGAAUUCGAGAGACUGUUUUUGUCUCUAGUGCCAUCUACCAUCUUCAUCGUUUUGGCCUUGCUUAGACUUCUCAUGCUCGUCCGACAGCCACUCGUUGUCAAAGCUUUUGCAUUUAAAGGUUUUAAAUUCUCUGCCACAAUCACCUAUGCUGCACUCCAACUAUCUCUACUGGUCCUUAGCUCUAGACCACAAAAGCCCCAAGCGCUAUUCAUAUCCUCCACAGUAGUCUCGUUCGUCAGUUCUCUUUGUAUCACUGCGGUGUCUUUGGCAGAACACUCGCGUUCCGUUCGGCCAUCGAUACUAUUGCAAUUGUAUUUGCUGCUCACGUUGCUAUUUGAUAUUACCCAGACGAGGACAUUGUGGCUGGCGUCCUCCAACGCAGCAGCGUUUACUUUUUCCAAGAUAUUCACAGUCUCAGUUGCUUUGAAGACUGUGAUCAUCCUCUCGGAGUCUCAUCCUAAGUCAAAAUGGAUACGGUGGGAUAAUGAAAAGCACAGUCCUGAAGAGACGAUCGGCAUAUUCGGUCUAAGUGCCUAUACUUGGCUGAACAGUACAUUCUUCGGCGGUUACACGAAAAUACUAUCGAUCAAAGACCUAUAUCCCCUGGACCAACGAAUGACGACAGAGGCUCUGCAGAUGAAGUUGAUGCACCAUCUUGGCGCCUCCAAGUCCAAGCGCAAGAGUUUUGUUCUACUCAAAGCUUUGGCAAAGACACUUGCUCCCUCGCUGCUUCUUCCAAUACCUGCCAGACUCGCUCUUACAGGAUUCAAAUUCUGCCAACCAUUCCUCAUCAACACUCUUCUAGACUACCUCCAGGAACCCAAAGAGGGAUCAUCGAGAAACUAUGGAUAUGGCUUGAUUGGCGCUGCAGUUUUGAUCUAUUCAGGUAUAGCUAUCUCUACAGCUAUCUACUGGUACUUUCACGAGCGGACAUUAUGCAUGUCAAGGGCCUCCCUCGCCGGAGCUGUAUAUCGCAAGACGACGGAAGUCAAACUAUCCGCUGCUGGAGACGCUGCUGCUCUCACGUUGAUGAGUACCGACGUGGAGCGAAUCAGACUUGGUUUCAUGAAUUUACACGAAUUCUGGGCAAACACGAUCGAGGUCGCACUCGCGAGCUGGUUACUCGAUCGCCAACUCGGAGCAGCAUUUGUGGCACCUCUCAUUGUUGUCCUCGUCUGCAUCACAUGCGCUGCAUUCGUCAACAGAUUUACUGGUCGAAGGCAGAAGGUAUGGAUGGCCAAGAUUCAAAAGCGAGUUGGAUUGACGGCAAACGUGAUCUCCAAUAUGAAGCACCUGAAGAUCUCCGGUCUUGCGGCUCCGGUCGAACGCCUGAUCCAGGCAAUGAGAGUUGAUGAGUUGGGAAGUUCAUCUAAGUUUCGAACAGUUUACAUUAUCGUCAUAGCUUUUGGGUAUGCACCAUUGGCGUUAUGCCCUGUUUUGACAUUUGCGGUCACUUCGAGGACUCUUGAUGUCUCUACGAUCUUCACAUCGGUGUCGUUUCUGCUUCUAUUGGCAGAUCCUUUGACAUACCUCUUUCAGAAUACGCCAAACCUAUUGGCUGCGUUCGCCUGUUUGGACAGAAUUCAAGAUUUCCUGACGGAAGAUUCCCGAUCUGACUAUCGUCUUUCUGAUGUUAGUCAGACCACACUCUCCGACACUGGAAGCUCUGAUCAUCAAAACGAAAAAGAAAAGGGUGGAUCGAUGGUCCAAAUUUCCGAUGGGAACUUCGGAUGGGGAGCAGAAAAGCCGGCGCUCCGAAAUAUCAACAUCGAUAUCCCAUCAGCCAAACUUACGAUGUUUGUCGGUCCAGUUGCAUCUGGCAAAUCGACAUUAUGCAAAGUUCUUUUAGGCGAGAUACCUGUAUCGCAAGGUCGAAUUACUAUGGGAUCUGACGGAGCCGUUCAAAGGAUCGGGUACUGUGACCAAACACCAUAUUUGUCAAACUCCACUAUCAAGCAGAAUAUCAUCGGAUUCUCAACAUUCAACAAAAUACGUUAUAACGAGGUCAUUGAAGCUACGAUGUUAGGACAAGAUUUAUCUAUCCUACCAGAUGGCGACAGGACGAAAGUCGGCAGUAGCGGAAUCACUCUGAGUGGAGGGCAGAAGCAAAGGGUCUCUCUGGCAAGAGCUCUAUAUUUGGACAGCGACUUCUUCAUAUUCGACGACAUUCUGAGUGGUCUAGAUGCGGAUACAGAAGACCAAGUGUUUGCUCGAGUCUUUGGCACCAACGGGAUUCUGAGGCGUCGCAAUGCAACAAUUGUAUUGAGUACCCAUAGCGUACACCACUUGCCAUCGGCAGACCAUAUUGUGGCUCUUGGCGAGUAUGGCACUAUUGUCGAGCAGGGCUCUUUCGAGACCUUGAUGGCAAACGAAAACUACGUGCAUAGUCUUGAUGUCAAAGCAAAGACGACGCACUCACUUGAAAACAAUCUCGCCGUGAACAUCACGAAUCGGCACAUAUCGGGUGUUGACGAAGACCCUGUCGCUGAACUUGUCCCAUUUUCCUACCUCGAUAAGAAAGAUAGAAUGCUCGGAGACUCGACGGUAUAUCGAUAUUACCUAUCUAGCCUUGGUAAGACAUCUAUCACAGCAUUCAUAAUGUUUGGCCUAGGAUGGGGAUUCUUCUACAACUGGGGAAACGUCUGGCUUCAAUUCUGGUCGGAAGAUGUUACCUCCACCACACCAGCCCAUUCGAACUCCUUCUAUAUUGGACUAUAUGCUGUCUUUCAAUUGUCGUACCUUGGAUCGAUGUUCUUCAGCUUCCUCAUUUGUUUCAAGACUAUGAUCGAAGUCUCUGGAUCGAAACUCCACAAAGCGGCUCUGAAGACCGUGAUCAGUGCUCCUCUUCGGUUCUUCACCACCACUGACACGGGGCUAAUCACCAACCUCUUUUCACAGGAUAUGACACUGAUCGAUAACGAGCUACCUAUCGCAAUUACAAAUCUCGCUUGCGAUGUUGCCAACGCUUUGGGAAUGGCUGCAGUCAUCGCUUCAUCUUCUCCAUAUCUUGCCAUCAGCUAUCCUUUCAUUUUCGUCAUAUUAUAUGUGAUUCAGAAGUUCUACCUUCGCACGUCCCGACAACUACGACUAUUGGAUCUCGAAGCAAAAAGCCCUCUUUACACACACUUUCUAGACACCAUCAGGGGCGUAGCUACUUUUCGUGCGUUUGGAUGGGUUCAAGAAGGCAUCGACCUAAACAACCGUCUUCUAGACAACUCCCAAAGACCCACAUAUCUGCUUGCCAUGGUCCAGCGAUGGCUAGGCUUUGCGCUUCAGGUAGUCGUUGCAGUCUUAGCUGUCGCGAUCGUCACACUAGCCACACAAUUGCGAUCAAGCACAGGCCUUACAGGUGCUAGUUUGGUCACGCUCAUGACGUUUGGGGAUAUUCUUGCCUAUAUUAUUCGAUGGUACACGCAGAUUGAGACGUCGAUAGGAGCCGUUAGUCGAUUGAAGAACUUCAGUCGGAAAGUCAAGUCGGAAAGUUUGGAGGGCGAGGACGUCGUACCUCCUAGAGAGUGGCCAUUGAAGGGUGGAAUCGAGAUACGUGGAGUGUCGGCUUCAUACAGUGAUGCCAAAGCACUCGAGGAUCCUUCAACGUCGGCUGGUGACAGCAACAGUGUCAGCUCAUCAAAUCUUGCUUUAAAGGACCUCAACAUUACCAUAAAACCAGGAGAGAAAGUCGCGAUUUGCGGGCGAAGUGGAAGUGGAAAAUCAUCAACGAUUCUUCUUCUACUCCGCCUUCUUGAUCCGCUUCAGGGCUGUUCUGAGAACAUAAUAAUUGACGACAUACCUCUUCACAAGAUCGACCGCUCCACCCUCCGGGAACGCAUCAUCGCCGUCCCUCAAGACGCUGUAUUUCUCCCCGACGGCUCAUCAUUCAUGUCAAACCUCGAUCCAUUCGACUCAUCCAACGAAGAUGAAUGUAGAGGUGUCCUCGAACUGGUAGGUCUCUGGCCACUAAUAGAUCAACGUGGAGGUCUGAAAUCCGGAAUGUCACCCGGCUCUCUGUCCCAAGGCCAGAAGCAGCUGUUCAGUCUCGCACGAGCAAUUCUCAGAAGAAGAAUCAGGUCUCGCGAACACGAGGCUGAGUUUGGUGUAGCAGUAGGGUCUAAGGAAAAAGUUUCAACAACAGAAGGAGGUGGAAUUCUACUUUUAGACGAAGUUAGCUCUAGUGUUGAUCAAGAGACGGAUCGAUUGAUGCAGAGAAUUAUCAUGGAGGAAUUCCAAAACUAUACUAUCGUUAUGGUUAGCCAUCGAUUGGAACUGGUCAUGAGUUUUGACAUUGUACUGGUUAUGGAUAAGGGAAGCGUUGUUGAAAGUGGAAAGCCUCGUGAAUUGGCAGAGAAGGAAGAGGGUAGUUUUAGGGAGUUAUGGAUGAUUGGACACAAGAGUUAA